GCCAUUUUGCAUCAUCUGAACUGUUUGUUUGUGACACGGCGGCGGCGGCUCGAUAACACUCUUCCUAUUAUUACUCACAUUUCUAACCCUUUAUCCAUACUUUAAAUGUGUAGAAGCUUACGGUAGUGUGUGAAGAACUCAGUCAAGCACAGAUGUGGGAGAAAAAUAAGCCGGAAAGGUAGUAGAAAGGUAAAAAAGUGAGACAGCACCUGAGGAGGGCGUUAUUAUCACCAUAGUUGUCUCUACAGUACCUGAGGAGGACGUUAUUAUCUCCUCUAGUUGUCUCUUCUACUACACCAUUAAGGCUCAAUUACCUCUACAAUAGCUGCUCCGUAUCUCAUCAUUGGUGUAAUAUGAGCACGAUCUUCAUAUCCAGGUGAAACAAGAUGUUUUGGAAGUACAAUUUUGGCUCCUCUGCCCAGAUUGAGACUCUUCUACAAAAAGAAGAUGUUACAUUGUCAGAGCUUAUGGAUGAGGAGGAACUCCUUCAAGAGUGUAAAGCACAGAAUAGAAAACUUAUUGACUUUCUGACUCGAGCAGAAAUACUUGAUGAGUUGGUGUGUUUAGUGGUAAAUGAGCCAGCCAUGGAUGGAGAGUUGCAGAUGAGAUUCAAGUAUGCUAACUUAGCUGCUGAGUUACUUACAGCUGAUGUUCCAGCCAUCAUAGACAAGUUGGUUGCAUCUACCAACCUUCUCGAUAUUCUGUACAAAUUCCUCAAGAAAGAAAAACCCCUUAACCCUUUGUUGGCUUCAUUUUUCUCCAAAGUUCUGGGCAUGUUGGUACAGAGGCGGUCAGAACAGAACUGGUAUUCCUAUCAGUUCACUUGCUUCCAGGUAUUGGACUUUUUAAAAUCCAAAGGUGAUUUUGUUGAGCUGGCUGUGCAGCAUGUGGGAACUUCAGCGAUAAUGGAUUUGAUCCUCAGACUCAUCUGUAAUGUGGAGGAGGACGAGAUCCGACAGAGUGUACAUCAGUGGCUGAAUGAGAGUCAGCUGGUAGAACGACUAGUAGACCGAUUAUCACCAGAGGCUGACCCCGAAGAACACUCAAGUGCCGACAAUAUUCUCUGUGAGAUUAGCACCUCUUGCCGAGACGUCAGUAACGAUGGCCAUCCACAAAGUAAUCCUCUCCUAUUGACCCUUGAAAGUGAAGAAACUAUAAACAAAUUGCUGGACCUGCUUCUUCAUGAAGAGCGCAAUGAGUCGUCUCUUUCUCAUGUCAUCAACAUUUUGCUAACGCUACUAGCUGCCCGAACACACCAACAAGCACAGCAGCAAGAGCAACAACAACAACAACAGCAACAACAACAGCAGCAAUUACAAUUACAGCAGCAGGAACAGCAGCAGCAGGAACAGCAGCAUCAACAGCAGCAUCAACAGCAGCAGCAGCAGCAACAGCAGCAGCAGCAGCAGCAGCAGCAGCAGCAGCAGCAGCAAGGAUUACAACAGUCAACGUCCAUAGAAUCUAGCGACAGUGAUUCCAGCGACGGAAGGAGAAAUAUUGUUGCCAGAACCAUAGCCAAGAGAUUGCCGAGCCUUCAUAAUAUUCUCCUUCACCCACCUAAGAAAGGUUUAUUAUUAACUGCGUAUGGUCAAGAAGUUGAGCCGUUGGGAAGUACUCGCUUACAGGUUGUGACCUUGGUAGCUGCUUUGGUGGUUGCCAAUGACCCCAUCGUCCACAAUGCCCUCUAUGAACUUAAUACAGUUGAAUAUUUGCUGGAUCUGUUUUUCAAGUUUAUGUUGAAUAAUUUCCUACACACACAAGUAGAGCAGUGCCUGACAGCUAUAUUGACCAAGGCCCCAAUUGCCUCUUCACCUCAGGGGGAAACCGACCAUCUUUUGCUCACUCAACUUUUUACCGAAUGUCGUAUCAUUGAACGAGUUAUAACUGCCUAUGAAGAACCUUCUGAACCACAUGAUACUAAACAGAUCCAUAAUAUCAAAGGCUACAUGGGUCACUUAAGAGAAUUAGCCAACACUAUUGUUCAACAGGCUGAGUUUGGCCCCAACCAGCACCGUAUCAAGCGACUGAUCCAGGAUCUCCCUGGUGAUAAAGCUACACAAUGGGAUGACUUUGUGUCCAAUGCUUUAGCAGAAGUCAAUCGUAAAAAUGAGAUUACACCUUUACCGAGGAACUACGUGCUUAGUGGUAGCUCUUCCGGAAGUGAGCAUGAUUGGGGGCUGACUCCAGUAGAGGCAGACGACACAGACGGGUACCAAGAGAGGCAGGAGCAAAGUGAACAAGAGAAGGGGGAGGAGGAAGAGAACAAGGAACCACAAUAUGUAUUUUGUCAAGAUACUGAAACAUACCGUCUGGCGGGAGGAAACAAGGGCUUUAAGGAGAUGGAUAUGGAUGUUAUCGGUGAUUUCCGUUAUGCUGAUGAUGAGUUCAAGGAUCCUGAUGAUAAUCUGAGUGGGCCUCUGCAACGAUUAAGUACCCAAGCCCUGGCUCUCUCUGGAGCAUCUGGGAUGGGAACUGGAGGACCUCCAGGAGUUCAUGGAAUUGAAGGGGGAGGAGAAGGCGGAGUACCUGAAGAUCACGACCUGUUUGAGGAGAUGUGUGCACACCGUUGUCAAGACAUGAAUGAGUUUGAUGACAUGUGGAGUGAUAAAGAGAAGGAAAUAACAUUUAACCAAGAAUCACUACAGUCAAACAAUGAUAAGGAGAAGGAGCCUGGGUCUAGUUCAGAAGAGGAGGAAGAGGAGGAGUUUAAUACUGGGCUAAGAUCAGGAGAGACCAAAAUGGAAGUUGAUCAGGAUGACUGGGCAGAGGUAUUUGAUAAGAGGUCAAGUGGUGGUGAGGGCGGCAGCAGUAGUGAGCCUGCCAACCCCUGGCAGUCUGCCCCCAUGGCUGACACCUCAGAUAAUUCUGGUUGGGCAGACUUUGGUGGUAAUGUGUUCUCCGGUGCUCCCACUGUAGAUGCAUUCGGGCAGACACAUAAAGUUGAAAAGGAGGGGUUUGCCGCUGACUUCACCAAUGUGUUUGGUCCAACUGUGGCACAACAAGAUAGCUCAAAUUCUGUUUUUGGUGAAACUACAUCCAACCAAGGGGCCUUCAAAGCAGAUUUCUCUAAUGUGAAUUUUGAUUCGGCUUUUGAAACUAACUGUGAUGACCAGAAGAACACUGUUCCUCCUACAGGUGAACCUCAAAAUAGUAAAUUGGCAGCAGCAGUGAGUGAGGGAGAGUCAGGGAAGGAAGAUCAGGAAAGUAACGAUGAUGACUUGAUAGACAACUUCAACUUCCUCUCAUCUCGAGGCCUUCUGAAGAAAAGUGAAGGUAGCAGUGAAGCAGGUACGACAGAUCCUGUUGACAACAAAAGUGAAGCUCUGUCGGGGGACCACCACACACUGCAGGAAGAAGAGCCGGUAGCUGAAACUCCAUCACAGAGCUAAUAUUUCCUUAAGGGUGAGGAGCGGGAGGAUCAACUGUAUGAGGAUGUAGAAGACUUACCUGCCAGCAACAGCUCAGGAUUUACAUGCCUGAUAUGUACUUCCAGUCUAAAAUGCUCUAACCUCAUAGAAGCUCUCCAAUGGAAUUGCCUUUAUUUAGUUUUUGUAUUUAUUGUGAUGAAUGUUGUCUACCACAAAAAACAAAAAACAAAUGUUUUCCUCUUCAAGUCAUUUCGGUGGGCUUAGUGAAGUGUAAUAUUGCUGCUUUACCACACAGUUCAGUUUUUACUACUACAAUGUAAACUACAUUUUUGAGAUAUGGGAUGCUAGGAUUCAUUUCACUGAGCCACAGUUUUUAGAUGUAUUAUGCAGUGUAGAGGAAUGUGCCUGGACAAGUUGCACAAGAGAAGGGAAUGCUGCUUCCCUUCCCAUGUAAAGGUAACUUGCCAAAUUAUAUUUGUUUACACAUUUUAUCCUAAACAUUGCUGCUCAUGAAACAAAUGUAGUUAAUCUUAUAUUGGUUUUUAAUAACUAGUAAUUAUACAGGUCUGGAACUGGAUCAAAACGAAUUAUACACGUCCACUCUAGUGAUACAAUUCCUAAUCGUGUUUUUAACAGUACACUCCAUAGUAAUUGCCAGAAAUAUAUGAAAUCAAGAUAUUGUCCUGGUGUUAAAUACAGGGAUGAAAUAGGUAUUCCUACUGAUGAUUUUGAAAUAAAGACAUGAUAUGUAUGAAGUUUAUAUAGGCCAAGCACCCAAUCAUGAGUGAGUGAAGUUGUUCCAUGAGGUGUAUGUUGAGAAAUUCUACUUCUGGUCAUGAUCACCGAGUCAUAGCAUGAGGAUCUCUCUUUGUUACCGUAUUAGGCUUUACAUGUCACUCUAUAUUUUGUCAUAUAUUUUUAAAUGACUGUUUUCUCAGUAGUCAAACUUGACCUUUGAAAAUGAGGACCAGUUUCAUAAAUCCAUUGUAUGGUCUCAAAAGUGAAUUGUUCAGGCUAGUGUAUGGAUGAGCAAAAUGUAUGAUAAUUGUUGGAUGACAGACAGUAGUCCAGCGACCAGCCUUGACAAUUUUUACAUUGAUACAGUGCAUGUUCAAAAUUGUGUAGUUCACCUCUUGAAAUGUCAUUACUAGCAUUUAAAAAUUUCCAGGGACUUUUGAUUUUGUGAAGAUUUGAUUUCUAUAAACAAGCUUUAUCCUGUCAUAAACUGUUGGUUUAUCAUUCCAGUUAAAGGUUCAUCAAAAAGUGAAGUAUUUGGAGACUUAAAAUAGUUUAACUUGUGUGCUAAGGUAGGUUCUUAGUUUUAGUGCUCAGCAAAUAAACGUGAUGUUAAAUAUGUGAUUUUUAAGUGAAUUCACAAAAUAUAAAAAAGACAUGGGACUCUCAGCCAUCCCUAUCCUCAGUACGUUUCAACAGCACUGGAUAAGCUUGCCUGUAGUGCAAGACAAAUAAUAAUUGAAUCACCAUUCAGAAAGUGUCCAUCUAACAGAUCCAAUCAGAAGUGCAGCUCUGUGAACAACCCUCAGUGGCAGAUCUUAGGACUACCAUUCCGCUAUCAGAAAAGGAAGACAACCUGUCUGUGAAUUAAGUGAUUGUGAAGCUAUUUUUUAUUGUUUUAUUGGUCUGUAAUGCUACCAAUUUAUUAUCAUCUAUUCAGUCUCCUUUAUCUUCACAAAGAAUUAACUAGAACCCUUCAUCAUUCUAGAUCUGCCCAUCAAGAGCUUAGUGUUGGUUAAAAUUGUUGGUUUGCACAACCAGUCUGUGAUUAACAGUGUGUAGCAUAUGUCUCUCUCUCUGUAGAUAUGACAACAACUUUUGAUUUGGUGCUACUGUUUAUUUAUUAAUAGAUAAAGAUGUGAAUUGUGAAUCAUUGUCUGCAUCUGUAGGACAUUGAGUAGGCUCAAUUUACUUUCCAUUACUAGUAAAAUUGUCUUACAGUACCUAUAUGGGUUCAUAGAUUGAUUAUAUAUAUAUAAUAUAUAAAAAAUUAUAUUAACAGUACUGUACAGCUGUCCCCUCUCUCCCCUCCCCCUUCUCUCACUGUGAUCAAAGGCACAGAUUUUAGGUUAAUUCAAGUCAUUAGGACAGUGCUGUUCCCUGUGUGAAGGAAGACCGUAAUUGUUCCUAGAUAUUAAACCUUUACCGGGUUGACACUUAUUAUCCAUACUAGAUUACUGAAGAGUCUUUCUCCACAGUUCAGUUGUGUACAGAUCAGCAAAUGAUCAAACCUGAGUGAAUAUGCAAUAGCACUAUUGGCCCCUAACCUCCACAGUUCCAUAAUGACAACCAUUACAACAACCUAGUAAUAUAAUGCUUUGGUGCCAGUGUCCAUUAAUAAAGUAUGUAUGGUAUGGUGAGUUGGUGAGAAUGGCAUUCCAGUUUGUCAUUACCAGUAGUAAACUAUUAGUCUCUUACUGUGACAUCUUGCAGCAAACCUCGAGUGCUGACAUAUAGUGUGAAGUACAGUAUGUAGGUUACAUGAGCUUUUAUCAUAUCACUCCUUGGAUGAUAUUGUGAUUAUCCUCAUGUAAUAUUGGAAAUGGAGUCAUUGUAUUGGUAUGAUUUUUACAAUUGCAUUCUUACUGAAAGUGCUUAUGUGUGUAUGGAAACAUGUUGGCAUUGACAGUAAUACUCAUGCCAUGUAUGAUCCCUAGAAAAUGCAUUAUGAAGCUGUACAUAAAGGAUACCUUUAAUUA